AUGGUGAAUCUCGCAUCAAAGUUCGCCAUCAUUGGCGUUGUUUUUGUUGGAAUUCUGUAUCAAUUUCUGUUCAAAACGUUAAUCUUCGAUGUUCUUGGCUAUGGUCGAAAGAUCAACUCGCUCAAGGACUACAGCAAUGUUCGUUGCGAGAAGAUAGAUGACCUAGGUCUGGAGGCAUGUGAAGAUAUGUGGUUACACCAAAAGACUGGAUUUCUCUACAUGGCUUGUUCUAGUAGCCAGUCACGCCAGGAAUGGCUUCCAGCGUCUGUUCACCUGACCGUAUUACCUCGACAACAACUGACAGUUUUAGCAUCGAUCACCUCAACAACACAGGUCGACUUCUAAAAGACAGAGUUGCUGUACUCGAUACCCGCGGCUCUGGUAGUGUAGCUUCGCGGCUCAAAUGGCUUUCCUUGGAGCAGUUCUCGGGCAGCAGUGGCGACCUCGCUUUGAACCUACACGGUCUUGAUAUCUUGGAAGAUAAACAUACUGAUACCUUGAGAAUACUUCUUGUCAACCAUCGCCCGCCCAUUGACCCAAGAACUGGAAACCACCUCGAUGCCACUUUAGUCGGAGCGAACUCGACCAUUGAGCAGUUUCAAACUAAGGCUGGUAGCUCGACGAUGCGUCAUGCGAGAACUUACUUCAAUGAAGCAAUUCAGACACCCAAUCGAGUUUCUUGGGUCAAUGACCAUUCUUUUGUUUUCACAAAUGAUCAUUCUGCUAAAGUUGGCCUGGUAUGUCAUCAGACGCAAUACUAACACAUCAAACUAACUUUUGCUAGCGGCGCCGACUUGAUUUGGUCAUUGGUGGCGGAAACGUUGCAUUUUGCAGCCGGAACUCUUGUAAUAUCGCCUACUCAUCAGGGUUCAAUUUCCCAAAUGGACUCGUUCGAGGUCGGGAUGGUUUGAUAUAUGUUCCAAGCACCGUGGGCAUGAAAAUUGACGUGUUUUCUCUUUCUGAAGACCACAAGCUACACUUGGUUCAUACCAUAAAAUCCCCUCUGGGCCUCGACAAUCUCUCAGUAGAUGGCGAUGGAAACAUCUUCGCAGCGGGAUUUCCUGCACUCCAUAACUGGAAUAAAGCAACCAAAGAUCCAUUCAACAUUAACCCUGAAAGCACUGUUCUCAAGAUCAGAAGAGAUGGAAAGGGAUAUCAAGGUGCAAGCAGGAAAGCGCACGUGGAAAAGUGGAAUGAUGGUAAUUACGUCGUGGAAAAAGUAUUCGAGGAUAACAAUGGUGUCCUCCCUGGUGCAACAAUCGCCAUUCAUGAUUCUGAGACGGGAAGAUUCUUUCUUGGGGGUGCUUUUUCGCCUUUUAUUACUAUUUGCGAAACAAGAUGAGAAGGACUGUACACGAGAGCAUCCAGAUUUCAAGAUUUGAUCGAUAUCGAUGGAGUAUUCCGUGCAUGCGCAACGCGAGAUGAGCGAGACGAGGAGGAGUUUUUCUUACUUUUGGCUUACUGCUGAUGUGCGAGCUGCGACUUUCUAUAUUUGAUGGAUUCAAUUUCUUCCAGCUCAACUCCUGCAAAUUUCUGACCCACUUUCAUCCGCCAACCAAAUUUGUGCUGUCGCUCGUAUCGCAGGGAUAAUUCGAUCCAAUCGACUGACAUAAUCCGUAAGAUGAAGAUGAUGAAACACGGUUGGGAUAUUCCGAUCU